AUUCAUGGAAGCAGCAAGAAUGUUAUGAACAUGUCUCAUCCUGAUCAAGUUGAGCUGUGGCGUUCUGUUAUGAACGGUAAACUUGAGACAUACAAUCGUAUUUCAUCUAAGCUAAAACUUGGAAUAAUUGGAGACGAAUUUUCUGGAAAACCGAACCUGUCUCCUUUGAAAGGUCAGCAGGGUGUUAAUGAUACAGAGGCAACUGCUGCACGGAAAGCAAGUAGGGUCCCUGUUCGCUUGUAUCUCUGGAUUGUCGAUAAAGAUUUUGACGAUUUAGAAGAAGCACCAAAUUUUGAUAGGUGGGACCAAGUUUCUUACAUAAACCGACCUGUUGAAUUUUACACAGAAGGGAAGUAUUUCACUUUGCUUGAUGCAGUAAAAUCAAUUCUGCCAGAAUUUUAUCCGGGUUCGUUAAACACAACAAAAGCUGAAAGCAAGGACGAGCCAGGAACUGAACCAGAAAACGAAAGUCAUCCUGUCAUAAAAUUGCUUCGAAUUCAAGGCAUUGAACCCAAAAUGGAAAUUCCAUUUUCUUGGGUGGUCAACAACUUGAUGAACCCUGAUUACUUCCUUCAUAUCUGCCUCUACAUCAAGGCUCCCCUACCGAUUGGUACAUGACGCGUGUUUGUCUUUAUGUACACUGCCCUCCGUUCUUGGGUUUAUACGGUUCGUCAACUGAAAAGUAUGCAUCAAACUGUACAGAAUAGUAACAUGUCUGUUGGGUAAAUUAUUACCAUUUAACUCAUUUAGUGAAAAAAGGUUGUAUUUUUUU